UUCUCUUUUACGUUUCCGAAAAGUCCCGCAAGAGAGGUCACUCACCGUCCCCGAUUUGAUUCUCUUCCUCUCCAAUCUUCUUUUCCAUCAUCUUCUUCCAACAAUCUCCACUCCAGACGGAUUCCACUCUCGCCCUCUCCAAUCGGAAGUUUGGCACUUCCGACCAAUCGGAAGUUGGUACUUAGGAACAAUCGGCAGAUGCUGUCAGCCCCAUUCCAGAUGUGUUCGUAGUUGUUCAAUUGAGUGCAAGAAAAGAGGCAUUUGGAAAUAUAAGCUCUCACGGCAUAUAGCUAGAAAUGUGAAAUUCAGCUAUGAAGGACGACAACGAGAGUGAAGAAAAGAAACAAGCUGCGGCAGAUGCACUGUCUCAAUAUUCAAGGUUUGUAAUGGGCUGUAUUGGGAAUCAAGUACGGCCUUGUGACUUUAGGAUGCACUUGAUGAAGGAAAUUUCGAGCUUGCCAACGACUUUGAAGAGGGAGUCCCAUGCAGCAGCAGCAUCAUCUCCUGAUAUAAUUGGAGAAUCUUCCAGCUCGGGUACAUCCAGACUCGAUAAAACAGAAAGUUUUCGAGGUAUCUAGACUGGACCGCAGCAUAUUAUAUUAUCCAUAUGUGUUAUCAUACAGUCACCAUCCUGCUUAUGCAACUCCUUCCUUUCACCCCUUUCACAUUCUUGCAAGACAUAAACCAAUUGUCAGUGUGAAACAUGGGAGGGGUAUAUUAGGCUCGUUUUUCAGUAACUAUGGUUUGUUUUGAAAGUGUUUCGUGGCUUCUGUGAAAGCAUUGUGUUUGUUUCAAGACACCUUUUGUCUUCUGAUAAGCGAUAUUGAUCCUCUUUUAGUGGUUGUUUUGCCCUUGACUGAAGUGUUGAACAACAGUUUAAUUAAUUAAAACAACAACUGUGCAUUGAGCUCGACCACGAGAGAAGAGGAGCUGAUGGACAAUAAGAACCCUAGCCUAUGUGCUUGAUUGAGCUGGUGGUGGUUAUACCGUGCGUAUUUUCUACCGCAUGAGUAUGCUGGACAAGCACGAAGGGCACAGCGGCGGAGAUGGUCUGCUUCAAGAUUGA